AUGCAGAGGCCAAAAAAACAAGGCUGUCAUGUGCCAAUGUUGAGCAACCACGUUGAAAUGCGGAAACCUAUCUUCUGCAUGCAAAUGGACAUCUGGAUGGAUGACCCAAAAUCAGAAUGGGAAAUUCAAGAAUCCUCAGAAGGAAACAGUGACAAUGGCAAACUAAGUUGGAUGCUGAGAUUAGGAAGGAAAAUUUUGGUCACUGGAAUUGUUAUAUCAUCUGUACCACUUGUCCUUCCUCCACUUAUGGCUAUCUCUGCUAUUGGGUUUGUCUGUUCCAUCCCUUAUGGGGUCUUCUUGGUGAGCUAUGCUUGCACUGAGACUGUCAUGCGUAGGUUACUUCCAAUGCCUUCGCCAGCUGCCCCAUUAUUGGAAUACAGAAAGGCACUUAAUGGUGAAGAAGAAGCUAACGGAGAUGAGAAUCAAGGGGGACAAAAUGACGUGAUUAAAGGAGGUUUUAAUAUAGAGAGGGAGGAAAAAGAAUUAAAAAUGGAUACUAUUGAAGAAGUUGAGAUGAGAAUUGAAUUAGUUGACACGGAGGAGGAACUCAAUAAAAGGAAUAUUUUGCAAGAGGGUGCAUAUCAGAAAGGUGGUGUUGAAAAUGAUGACAAGACAUCAAUGGAAGAAGUAGAUGAAAUUGUGGAGGAAAAAGAGGAAAGGCCAUCCCAAAGUUUUGAGGUAGAAGUUAAGGAAAUAACAGAGCAGCCUAUAAUAGAGAAAAUUAGGAGUGAACAGCGAGAAGAUGGGGGCAAUGGUGUUGAGGCUUUUGUGGAGGGAGACGGGAAGCAGAGCAGCAACAUUGAGAGGGAAACACAACUGAAAGCUGAAAAUGUCAAAGCGAAAGAGGAAUUAGUAAGAAUGACUAGGCAGAGUGUUAAGAAUGUAGAUGCACAGCCAAAACGAAAAAAGAAGACUAGGUUGAAAAUUGGAGGAACAAGAAAAUUGAAGGGGGAACAGUCUAUCAAAGAAAGUGUAAAUGAACAGCCAGGAGCUGAGAUUCAUGGUUUUUUGACUACCAUUGAGGGUGAUAAGAAAGAAACAGACAAUGUCAAUAAGCAAACCACAGCUGAACUGAAAAAUGCAGCUGUUCAUGUAGAGAACGAUGAAUUGGUAAGAGAGUUAUGGGGAUCAUUAGAAAGAAACAGAGAAGAGGGUAGAAGUCGUGAUGCAGUGGAAGAUAAGCAAGUUGUGGAAAAAGCACAAGUUGAUGCCAAGGUAAAACUAUUGAAAGGGAAUGAGGGAACUACAGAAAGGCAACAGGAACAACCCCUUAUAGAAGAAAGUUCGGGUGAACAUCCAGUAGAUGAGAUAAGUGUUGUUCUAGGUAGCCUAGAGGGAAGUAAGAAGAAGGAGAACAGUACGGAGGAAACACCACCUGAAGUAAAAAAUGAACCUGUUCAGUUAGUUCAGGCAAUUGAUAUUGAAGAGAAUGAGAAACCAUCAAUAGGGGCAAGGGAUUUAUCAGAAAGAAUCACAGAUGAGAGCAAAACAGAUUGUGAAGUGGAUGAUAAGCGGAGAGAAGAGAGAGCAAAUGUAGCUGGAAAACAACCAAAAGAGAUUGAGGUUAACAUUGUGGGAACAACAGAAGUUAAGGAGGAGCAAUCUGUCAGCGAUGGAAGUACGAGUGACAAGCCAAUAGAGGAGGUUUGCAAUAUUGUGGUUGAGUUUGACAGAGAUGAGAAGAAUGGCAGCGAAAUUGAGAAGAAAACACCAUUUCAAAUAAAAAAGGUAGAUUUCCAAUUAUCGCAGUCUGCUGAUAUUGACAGGGAAGAAGAGUUAGUAAGAGAGACUAGGGGAUUAUUAGAAAGAAUCAGGGAUGAGGGAAAAACUGAUUAUGCAGUGGAUGACAAGCGGAGUGCAGAAAAAGAGCAUGUAGGUGCAGAGAAGGAUGAUAAGAAAAUUGUUGGAGAUGUUGAAAAGGCUAAAACUAGAUGUAUUCUUGCCCAUGAUGGAAUGAAAAAGCCAACUAGCGAGUUUGAAGCCACAGUAGAAAAUAAAGCAGAUAACAAAGUGAAAAUGAAGGAAUCUGUGGAAAAUUUGGAUGCUUUCUCAAAGGAGACGAAUUUGGGUAAAGAUGCUAAAGGUUUUUCUGAGGACAACAUUCCCGGAAGAGAACUGUCUGCAGGGCCAGUGAGUGAAAAAGUAAAUGAUGGCAGAAGUAGAAAAGAGCUUGAAAGUGCUAUGUUAAUGGAAGGAGGACAAGCAGAAGAUGAUAAUGAAAAUAAUGUAGAACAAAAUUUUCUACUGAAUGAGGAGAAAAAAGAUGUGAUUUUCUCCAAUGAAGAUGAAGGAGAAAUCAAUGAGCAGCGAGGGCUUGACCAGUUAGAAGAUUUAAUUACAGUUAGUCAGCAGGGCUCCCCUUCAUAUGUGAAUACUUUUGAAGAAACUCAGCCUUCAUCAAGUUACAUGGUUUACCAAGAAAUCUCUGAUUCUUCAGAGCUUCCUGUUUCUACAAAGGCUCAAGAAUCAGAUGACAUUCGAAUUUCUACAGAAAAUGCCAUUGAUACAGCUUCAAAUGAGACAUUAUACAGUGAGGAGAAGAUAUGGGAACAGAUGAAUGCUCUCCGAACAGUAGUUGGAUAUAAAGGCGCACGACAAGAAAAGUGCAUAGAGGAACUGAAAGCUCUCUAUCACUUCACUGGAAUUGAGCCCCCUGCUUCCUUCAACGACACUUGUGAUCUGGUGGAAGUCAAUGCCAAGCUUCGCUUUCUCAUGUCUGUAGUUGGAGUUAAGUAG